AUGGAUUUGGGAUGUUACAGAAGGGACCUCAACGGACGUGACUUCGAAGAGAGCCAAGAAGGGAAAAGUCCGUUUGACGAUAGUCACGGAUUUAUAGAAUUCGUCAAGAAAUUCAUUAGCUUCGAGGCUAGUGUGCACCAAUACACUGGCAAGAUUAGGCAAUUGAAGAGACUAAAAGGAACCUCAGAAACGGGUGGGACUAAACAUGACCAAGAGCUUGCCAAGUCUAUUUGGGGAACUAAAGAAACGGCUAAGAAGAUGGACUCUUUGAAGUCGGACUUGUUCUCUUCACCUAAUGGUAAAAUGGUUGAAGAGGAUGAUGUAGAUGUGACCAACUCUGAUUGGUUUGAGAAUUCGUUUCUACUUCCCUUAAUUGAGAGUCUUGGUGUGGAUUCCGUGAAACAUAAAUGGAGUGUUGUGCCUAUGGAGGCUAAGAAGAAAAUUGAAGAGAGGUUGGAGUUGUUGGAGGCUGAUGAAGGUGAAUGUAAGAAAAUUAAAGAGACGUUGAAGAUUAAAAAGCGUGAAUGCUUGAAACAAAAGACUGACUUUUUGAAUGAGGUGAUCGAUGUGAUGACUUAA